AGGAGGCAGUUAACAAACGUUUCCGAGCUGGGGCGCGCGCGGUGGGUGCCGGGAAAUGUAGUCUUCUGAGGGCACGAUAGGUAACAAUUGUUUCCCUGGACGGCUGUAACGUCAUAAGCAGCGUGGAUGCGUCGCUUAGCAACAAAUAUCCGCGUGUGUUCUAUUACCUUGGCAACCGAAUAUAAACAAGAGAAGCGCACUGUAGAGUUUCCACCAUCGCCAGGUGACUGACACCCUCCAUCACUCAAACAUAGAGAGAAAUAUGGUGUUUGACAACGAGACAAGUAACAAAAAAGCACAAGAAGUCCAACUCCAGAAGGCAGGUUCGAGCUCAGAAGGUUUCACACUGAAAGCCAUGAUGAAGAACUCGACUGUUAGAGGCCCCCCAGCAGCCGGAGCAUUCAAAGAAAGACCUGCAAAACCCACAGCGUUUCGCAAGUUUUAUGAGAGAGGAGACUUCCCAAUCGCCCUUGAGCAUGAUACAAAAGGAAACAAAAUAGCCUGGAAGGUUGAAAUUGAGAAAUUGGAUUACCAUCACUAUCUGCCUCUGUUCUUUGACGGGCUUUGUGAAAUGACACAUCCCUAUGAGUUUUUCGCUCGUCAAGGCGUCCAUGACAUGCUAGAGCAUGGAGGACCAAAGAUCCUUCCUGUCAUUCCACAGCUCAUUAUACCCAUAAAAAAUGCCCUAAAUAUUCGCAAUCGCCAGGUUAUCUGUACCACUCUUAAAGUACUUCAGCACUUGGUUGUUUCCGCUGACAUGGUGGGUGAAGCACUCGUGCCUUAUUAUCGCCAGAUUCUUCCCAUCCUUAACAUUUUCAAAAAUGUGAACGUUAAUUCAGGAGACGGGAUUGACUACAGUCAACAAAAGCGGGAAAACAUUGGAGAUCUGAUUCAAGAGACGUUGGAAGCUUUUGAACGGCAUGGAGGAGAAGAUGCUUUCAUAAAUAUAAAAUACAUGGUCCCUACCUACGAAUCCUGCUUUCUGAACUAACAGAAUAGAAUUACUGUAUGAAAAAUAAAGCUCCACUUGUGCUGCAAA